AUGAUUGGGUCGCCACCAGAUACUCCUAACGACAUGAGCAAUUCAAAACGCAAGUUACCACUACUAGAAAGAAUACCUUCUCACACCAACAAUAGUGAUGACGAAGACCUGUACGAUAAGGGUGUCGUCGAUUAUGUAUCCUUUCCUACUAUUCCAGACCCAGAAGUUGAGAACACUAAAUCGAUUACAGGACUAUUAACUAAAACAUUGAGAAAGGUCACAACAAAUGCAUCAACUCUUGUUCAAAACUAUUCCCAGAAUUAUACAUCACCAAAACCCAAUGUGUUAGAUACGUCACCAUUUACCAAUCGUGUUAGUGAACUAAAGGCAACUGCCAUUGGAAGUGAUGCAUUGCCUGUUCCUAAAAAUGAUGAAAUUGUAGACACACCAAUAUCCAUGGAUUUAUCUACAAAAACUGACACGCGGUUACGGGUUAAGGAAGAUACUAGCAAACGAAUCACAAGAAGUUCAAGCCCAUUAGAUUUAAAGGGAGAUGCACAGGGAAACAAAUUAGAAAUAAUGAAUCCAAUUAUCAAAAGUGAAACAAAUAGAACACCAAUUGAUAAAGUGUCUAUUGUGACGAAUGAGACAUCAACAGGGGCGACAUUUAAGCCACAACAGUCCAAGCAGCCCCCUUCCACUAGUACACCCGCUCUUUCUUUGCGACAGAACUUAAUUGAUGAAGUACAUACACCAAGAGUCACGUCAGACAACAAGACCCUACGAAUAUCUACCAUGCAAUUCCCCCGUAUGCAAUCGAUGGCGAAUAGCACCACCAGCUCGGUGGUUAACGUCACUGCACUGGCAUCAGUUGAUAUUGACAAUGUUACUAAUGACAAGAGUAAUGUGGAGAGUAAACCCACACAUAAAAAGGAAUCCAGUAUAGAUUUGAAGUCUAAAGAUAAAGGGUUGCAAAACAAGAUUUCGUCAAUAUUCAACAAUUUGCCCAAUGAUAUUGAAUUGUCAGACGAUUCUGCAGAUGAACUGGAUAGCACUCAUAAUGAAGGUUCAGAAAACUCAGCAACUCCCCAAUCGGAUAUUGCUUACAUAGAGAAUCGGUCGGAUUCAAACUUGAGUUCUAUUUCUAAAAUGAACAAUCAUCUACAAUUUGAAUUAAGUGCAAGAUACGGUGACUCUGUUGCUAAGUCGGCUCCUAUCAAGGCUGAAAGCAAACACAGCGCUACUUUUACUCCUAGUUUUGGACAAUCUCCGACAGUAUCGACAUUUCAUGCUAUACAAAACAAAGAUGUUUCGGCGAAUAAACAAAAAUCAUUGAAUACCCCAUCGACACUUUUGGACAAUGCAAGAAGUAUUAUCCAUCAAAAUAUUGAAGCCGUCGCAUCAUCAGCAUCAUCUAUUAUAGCUUCUAAACGGAGAAAAAAGAAGAAGCCAACAAAAACCUCAGAAAAUCCUUUGAAGAAUGGUGGGAUCCCAAAGAAAUAUUGGAUGAAUGAUGCAUUUGUAUCUGACUGUUUGAAUUGUUUUAGACCAUUUACUGCAUUCAGAAGGAAACACCAUUGUCGUUUUUGUGGACAAAUAUUUUGUUCAGAUUGCACAUUGUUUAUUUCAUAUAACCAACAUAGAGAUGAAAGGAAUAACACCAAGAAUUCUGCCAAAAAACCGUAUAACGAUAAACUCCGAGUUUGCAAGCCAUGUUAUAGUGAUGUGAUUAUAUAUUUAAGUGAUGACUCGUCAAGUGCAAAUGAUUCUGAUGGGGAAAAAGUUAUUUCAGCUGAGGAAAUAGAAGUGCCAAAGACCAAGGCGGAAGAUUUACUUGUACCAAACCAUCCUUUGUCAAGAAUUCGAUCAAUGUCAAUGGGAUCUAAUCGAGACAGUUCCAGAACCGACUCUCUAUCUCGAAAGCCACUGUUGAAAGAUAAUAACAAUUUAGAAAACAGUUUAUCAACUAGUCAUUCUAGCUCACCUUCGAGGAGUAAUAAUAAUCAGUUUAUAUAUCCAGAUGAAUCAAUUAAAGUGCAUCCAAGGCAAGCUCCACGUAUGGCUAUUCCUACAACUCGUACAGGAGAAGCAGUUGAGAUUCCGCUUAUGAGACAUUCCUUGAUGAAUUCAAGCAUUUUAAAGACAUCAGGUGCACCAUAUAGUUCUAAUAUGAACUCAUUGCCACAAACGUUUCACCAAUCGAAUAGUCAAUUUUACCAUAAUCAUCAUCUGCUGCCGGAGCAUCCGCAAUAUGGACAGAAACAAAAUCUGCUACAGCAACAUCAGCCACAGGGCGGACACUUUCAUAAUCAUUAUCACAAUACUUAUAGCAAUCUGCAUUCACAGUACAAUAAUUCAGCUGGUAUUUCUGAAUCAGAAAAUACAAACAAGACCAGGAUAAAAAGCCAUUUAUCGCCUACAUUAUCGAAUGCUAAUUUAACUAGUCGUAGUUUGGAUAAUCUCGGGUCUAUUUAUAACAGUUUUAUGACUAGAACCCCGUCGUUUAAUAUGAGAGUUUUAUCAGGGUCUAGCAGGGAUCCUUCAAGGUUCAGAAGAGAAUUAUCUUUGGAGCCAGGAGAUAUUCAAAGUAUCAGAAGUAAAUAUGGAAAAGAAAUGACUAUUGGAGGUCAAAGUGACUUUGAUGACGAUGACGAUGAUGAUGACGACGAUGAUGAUGAUGAUGAUGAUGAGAAUGCUAAGAAUGAGGGUGUUGAUUUGUCAGACAAUGAAGAAGACGAACAUGCUAUGUCUAUAUAUACUUCAUUAAACGAGACGCAUGGUUAUGGCUCGACACCUUUAGCACAUCAGCCACCACCAAUGCAUAGUCAUUCUGCUGUCACAGUACCAACUUUGGGUGAGUUUCCUAUUAUGAAAAGUGGAUAUCCGCUGUUUAGAGGUGCAAUGAAUAGAAGUGCUGCAGCCAAUCUUGCUAAUGUAUUUCAAAAUCAUUCCAUUGAGCUAACUGGUGAAGAUCCUAAUAAACAUCAACCCGAGAAUAUAAGGUCUAGGGCCAGAGCUCAUGCUUCUCUUCAAAGAAUGAGGACAAGAAGACAAGCAAAGGCAACUAGGAAUGUGCUGAUACUUUCACAAAGUAAUUUGCGUCUACCAAGUUUGGAGCCAUCAAACCACAGACCCCAAUACACUUCUUCUUUAACGCCUAUUGCAUCACCAGCCUCACCAGGAGGUAACUCAUCUAAUUUGACUGCUGGUAUAGCUGCGACUGAUGAUGUCAGUACUUCUUCGGCAAACAUAGACUCGGAGAUGUCACCCAUUGGACCACAAAUAUCUGCUAGUACCGGUUUAGAGAAGUAUCAUUCUGGAGAAAGAAACGAUUAUUUUGGUCUGGAUGAUCAUUUGAUGGCUACCAGUGAAUCACGUGAUUUGAUUUCAUGGAAAGAUGGGAAAACUGUGGAUAAUAAAGACAAAUUGUAUAAUGAGACUUUAGAUUUUGUUUUGCGCCAGUCCUUGAAAGAUGGUGAAAUUGAAACUGAAAUUGAACGAUGGGUGGCUGUUCUUCAGAAACUGCUUGGGUACAUUGACGAAAUCAAAUUGACAGACACAUUAGAUAUAAGACAAUAUGUGAAGAUAAAGAAAGUUUUGGGUGGUAAAAUAGAACAGACCGAAUUGGUUGAUGGUUUAUUUAUGACAAAGAAUAUUGAUUCCAAAAGGAUGGCUUCAAAGAUUUCGAAUCCUCGUAUAGCAUUGCUUAUGUUCCCUAUUGAAUAUUUGAAACAAAAAGAACAAUUUAUAAGUCUACGAAUUAUUCAUGCACAACAAUCAGUAUAUAUCACAAACUUGGUGUCACGUUUGGUCUCUAUGGAACCAGACAUUAUUGUUGUUGGAGAUUCCGUUUCUGGUUUAGCAGAAAAAUUGUUUGAAGAUGCCGGUAUCACUGUGAUUUCAAAUGUCAAACCUCAAGUUAUUGAGAGAAUUUCAAGGUACACUAAAGCAGAUAUUUUCCAAUCGGUCAAUGAUUUAUUCUUUAAAAAGGGUAAGUUGGGUUUAUGUGAAAAUUUUGCGGUCAAGAGAUAUAAAUACCAAAAUCAAAUUAAAACGUUUGUGUUCUUCACUGGUUGUGAUAUCCAUCUGGGAUUCACCAUAUCAAUACGUGGUGGAAAUACCAAUUUAUUGAAUAAUGUGAAGUAUGCAGCCGAAACGUUAAUGCCAGGUUAUAUAAAUGCUAGAUUUGAAAAGAGUUUUUUGGAUAAUUUGCUGUUGUCUUAUGUGAAGCCGACGGAGAAUCCCAAAAUUGUUGAUAUUCAACAAAAAUUGCAGGAGAUCCGUGAUAAUACAAUUGAGGGUGAUGAAAAUGGGAAAUUGCAUGACUUGAAAUUAGACCCAGCAGAGGUAGUCAAUUAUGUUAAACUGUUCAGUGAAAGAAAACUUAGUUUAUCACCUCCUGUAGAGUAUUCAUUACCCAAUCCCUUGGCAAGAACAAUUUAUACGUAUUAUGCAGUGCACCAGUUUGCCCAACAAAAUGCUAAAAUACAAAAGUUGUCAUCAGUUGACGAUAUCAAAGAAGAAUGGCUAACGGAAUUAAAGAUUGAUUAUAAAUUGGAAGAAUUACCUGGUAAGGAAGCUAAUUUAAUAAAUAUCCUUAAAUUUGCUAGUGAGGCCCAUUUGAAAUUGUUGAUUAAUGAAUAUCAGGCUCGUGUUAGAAUAUGGUCAAAUUGUAUGAAAUACCCAUCAUAUCAAUUGUAUCCAAUAUGUCAUCGAAAUAUUCAUUUAUUGCAUUCGACCGUUUCCAUUAAACAUGCAACGCCUUGUUCUGGACCAGCAAUUAUUGUUAUUGAUUAUUAUACAGACAAUGAUAAAUGUUUUGGGUUGUUUCUUGAUCAAGCAUUCCAUGAAAGUCUGAAAGUUUGUGGUGAAUGUGGUGAAACGUACUUGGAUCAUUAUAAGAGUUAUGUUCAUGGUAAAGCCAAAGUGGAUUUAAUCAUUGAAAAAUAUGAUAUUCAGUGUCUUAACAAUGGUGAAAUGCAAGGUAAAAACCAAAGAGUCAUGUGGAGUUAUUGUAAGGAAUGUAAUUAUGAAACACCAAUUAUUGCCAUGAGUGAUGAAACGUAUUAUUUAUCGAUUGGUAAAUUUUUUGAGUUGAAUUUUUAUGGUGAAGGUGUUUCUGGAGGUUGUACACAUGAUUUUUUCAAAAGCUAUGUCAAAUGUUUUGGAUUUAAUAAUUUGGUUAUUCGACUUGAAUAUUCUACUAUUGAUAAUUAUGAGAUUGUUGUUCCGAAAAAACAAUUGGAAUUUAUAACUAAUAUUGAUAUUAAACUUAAAAUUGAUGCUUAUAAAUUCAUUCGAACUAAAGCUGAGGUAUUUUUCGAUUCGGUUUUGAAACGAUUAAAACGAGUGAAAUUGGAUACAUUUGAAAAGGCAGAAGAUGGGAUUCAAAAAAUUGAAGAAUUGAAAAUUAAAUUACAAGAGCAAUCAGAUAGCAUUUAUGGUAGGUUGCAAUCAAUUUAUGAUAAAAUCAUUCCGACAAAUUAUCUUGCAUUGAAUGUUGUGUUACGAGAUUUGCAAAAAUUAGGUAUUUAUUGGGAUAAUGAGUUUAAUGAAUUUGAAAGGACAUAUUUACCUAGUGAGAAUGAGGUUAAUAAGAUUACCCAAUUUCAUUUGCGAAAGUUUUUGAUGGAUCGAUACAAUGAUGAAGAUGAAGAUAAUAAUAAUAAUAAUAAUAAGAAAGUUGUCGAUGUAACUGGAAAUGAAUCUACUAGUGGUUCUAAAGAGACUGCCGCCUUAGAUGAUGGAAAGGCAUCGUCAAAUAAAGAUUGUUCAGACAAGUCGACACCUGAUAAUAGUCAAGAUUCAAUGGAAAUUGAUGGCGAUAGUAAAAACACUGAUGAUAAAUCAACUAAUGAGUUGCUGAAACCAUUCCCUGAAUUUGUUCCGAAAAAGCCACGUGAAUUACCUAUGAAUAGAAAUUUAUCCGAUUCCAACAUUGAAACUAAAAUGUUCCCACAAAGUACAUUAUAUGAACUGGGGUCUAAUAUAUCGGAGAGAAUAAAUAAAUGGAACCAAACGGCUGAAACUGGUGAUAAAACUACACCAACGCAAUUGUUGACUCAUCGUGGCUCAGAUAGUUCAUUGAAAUCAAUCAAUACAGUGAUUCCAUCACAAAAUAAAGUGAUUCAUUUGGCGAAUUUUUUUGAUAAAAUGUAUUAUGAUCAAAUUUCUUUAGAAUUUUCCAAACAAAGAGAACGAGAAUUGAAACGUAAAUCAAAAGUUAAAGCUCAACCUAUUUUUGAUAGUAAACCAAUUGUUGAGAUUUACAAUAAGAUUGAAGAUGUUGUUGGUCCUGGAGUUGAUGAUGAGAAAAAGAAGGAUAUUGCUGUUGUUAAGAAAGAUGAACAGGAGAAAGGACAAACUAAGGAAAAUCAACAAGAACUGUCACAACAGCAACUGCAACAACAAGUACAACAACAGCUGCAACAGCUGCAACAACAAGUACAACAACAGCUGCAACAACAAUUGGAUAUUCCUGAAAAGCAAUCAUUAUUAAAAUCAUUGACGAAUUUCUGGGCUGAUAGAGCUGCUACAUUGUGGGACCCUUUGAAUUAUCCAUUGGAGAGUCAUGAACAUACAUUUGCAGAUUCUGAAGUUAUUGUUCGAGAAGAUGAACCAAGUUCAUUAGUGGCAUUUUGUCUUUCUUCAAAUGAUUACAAACAAAAAAUUAAGAAUGCAUUUGAAAAGAAUAGAAUGGGUGAUAGUGGAAUUUUAAACCUGAAUUUACAAGAGAAUAAGCCCCAUAAUGAUAAACCAGGUGUUGAACUGGAAGUGGGUAAUAGUGGUAUUACUACUGAGAGUGCCAGUAUUGUAACUAGUGUUGGGGAUACUAAACUUGAAGAGUCAUCAAUAAACAACAGUAGUAAUGCGAAAGCGGGUGAAUCUUUACUUGCAAGUGAUAAUAAAAAGGGAGCUCAAUUCGCCAAGAUAGAAAAGAAAUUCAAAAAGAAAUUGAAUAAAGAAGGGGGUAUCAAUGGAGGAGGAGGAGGAACUAAUAAUAGUGGUGACAAUAAUAACAAUGAUGACAAUAUCAAUCCAUUGGAAUCGAUUUUGACGAGAAAUAAAUCUAAUCAUUUGAAAUAUCAAUUUAUUGAUGGGAAUACAAAUUUAUCAUGCAAAAUCUUCUAUAGUGAACAAUUUGAAGCUUUGAGAAAAGCAUGUGGUAAUGAUGAUAAUUUCAUUCAAAGUCUUAGUCGAUGUGUUAAAUGGCAAUCUAGUGGAGGUAAAAGUGGAUCGAGUUUUUUGAAAACGUUAGAUAAUCGAUAUAUUUUAAAAGAAUUAUCGAAACUGGAAUUAGAAUCAUUUGUUUCAAUUGCUCCGUUUUAUUUCAAAUAUAUUAGUCAAUCAAUGUUUAAUACUUUAACUACAGCCAUUGCUAAAAUAUUUGGAUUUUAUCAAGUACAAAUUAAAAACACUACUACGGGGAAAAUAUUCCGAAUGGAUUUCUUAAUUAUGGAGAAUUUAUUUUAUAAUCAUAAAACCACAAGAAUUUUCGAUCUUAAAGGAUCAAUGAGGAAUCGUCAUGUUCAACAAACGGGGAAAGAAAAUGAGGUUUUAUUGGAUGAAAAUAUGAUUGAAUAUAUUUAUGAAUCACCAGUGUUUGUUGGACAACAACUGAAGAAAUUAUUACGAGGAUGUUUAUUUAAUGAUACUAGUUUCUUAUCUGCCAUGGAUGUUAUGGAUUAUAGUUUAGUCAUUGGUAUUGAUGAUUCAUCGAAAAAAUUGUAUUUGGGGAUUAUUGAUUGGUUAAGAACAUUUACUUGGGAUAAAAAAGUGGAAAAUUGGGUCAAAGGUAAUAAUUUGAUUGGUGGGAAUAAACGAGGUAAAGAUCCAACCAUUGUUACACCAAAGCAAUAUCGUAUAAGAUUUAGAGAAGCUAUGGAAAGAUAUAUUUUAGAAGCUCCUGAUAUUUGGUAUGAAGGGUCAAAAUAG